UAAGAUGUGGACAUACUGGUUCGAACACUACACUGUUGAUGGUGGGGAAAUAUAACAGGGAAAUGUGAGGAAACCGUGGAUCAUGUCAGUAUCAGGUGGAGAGAAGCCCACUGACCCACUGACCCAGAACCUCGGUGACAUGAAGAUGAAUCUGGAUCUUACUGAUUUACUGGACUCGAGAAGUGAAGGUUAGCGGGCCUUGUUCCAGUUUGUAAAAGAGGGUAAAAUGUUUGGGAGGACGGAGGGUUUUGUAGAGGUCGUUCCGGUCCACACCGGCUGGUGGCGGUAGUGCACCGUUUUGUUGUUUGCCAACCGCCAACAACAUUUAGAAGAAGACGAAUCCCUGCUCGCUGUCAGAGCAGGCUGCUGCUUCACUCGCUCCAACAAGCACCGAACCUGCACACGGUGACCGCGCGCUUUGCAACCGAGCCAAACCGAACCGAGCCGAGCGCAACAUGAACGAGUCGGCGGGACUGCGCUUCCGGCGGCUGCACCGCCCGCAGGUGAUCACCGACGAGCUGCCGGAGCAGCGGCGCAAAGGGUCCAGCACCUACAGCGGGAAGAUCUUCCGGGUCACGCUGCUUUCUCUGGGCGUCCUCCUGCUUCUUCCUCUCCUGGUCAUCAUCCUCAUCCUCGAGUCUCCCAUCAAGCCUGAAGUCUUCACGCUGAAAGAACCGCCCAUGAUGAAGGGCUGCUGGGAGCCCAACCUGAAGCUCAGAGAAGCUCAGAGACUGUUUGAGGACCAGCUUGUCGGGCCCGAGUCCAUCGCCAACAUCGGAGAUGUUCUGUUCUCGGGAACAGCUGACGGGAAAAUCGUGAAGCUGGUCGGUCGGAGGAUCCACAUGGUGACGAGACUCGGGAAGCUGCCGUGUGCAGGUUCCAGAGAGGACGAGCCCAACUGCGGGAGGCCGCUGGGGAUCCGAGUCGGACCCAACGGGACGCUGUUUGUAGCCGAUGCCUACCUGGGUCUGUUCGAGGUCAACCCCACCACAGGUGAAGCGACCAGGUUGGUGAACGGCGGCCAGGUUGUCGCAGGGAGGAAGCUGUCAUUUAUUAACGACGUGGCGGUGACGCAAGAUGGAAAGAAGGUGUACUUCACCGACUCCAGCAGCAGGUGGCAGCGGAGAGACUACAUGCACCUCAUCAUGGAGGCCACGCCCGACGGCCGCGUCCUCGAGUACAACACCGAGACCAAGGAGCUGACGGUGGUGAUGGAGGACAUGCGAUUCCCAAAUGGCAUCCAACUGCUGCCGGACGAGGAGUCGGUGCUGGUGGCGGAGACCACCAUGGCCCGGAUCCGCAGGGUCCACGUGGCCGGGCUGAAUAAAGGCGGGAUGGACACGUUCGUGGACAACCUGCCGGGUUUCCCUGACAACAUCCGCCCGAGCUCCACCGGAGGGUACUGGGUGGCCAUGUCGGCGGUGAGACCGAACCCCGGCUUCUCAAUGCUGGACUUCCUGUCCCAGAGACCCUGGAUCAAAAAGUUCAUAUUCAAGCUCUUCAGCCAGGAUAUCCUGAUGAAGUUUGUUCCCCGGUACAGUUUGGUUGCAGAGCUCCACGACGGUGGCGUGUGCACGCGGAGCUUCCACGACCCCAACGGCCUGGUUGCAGCCUACAUCAGCGAGGUCCACGAGCAUGAUGGGAAUCUGUACCUGGGCUCCUUCCGCUCGCCGUACAUCGCCAAACUCGACCUCAGCAAGGUGUAGAAGAUUCAAAAAGACGACACGCAGACAGACAUUUUUGUGACUUUGAAAUGUUAACACGGCGUUAACCCGUCUCUGCCGGCUCGUUCCGCAAAUUAGAGUUCCAGCCUUGGAAAUAUCCCGAGAAUGACUUCACCCAGCGCCACCUACAGGCUGUCCCAGGAAUUGGGCAGCAUUCCCAUUUGUGGCUAAUCUCUGUUGAUUUUUCCUUUUUUAUUAAGAUUCAUGCAGCUUUAGAUUCAUCACCGUUUUUGAUCAUUUCUUCCCUUUUCGACGGUAUUUUGUUUGACUGCUAUGUUUAGACUUUUUAUUCAGAACAAAAGUGUCCAGAGAAACGAGGUUUGUUUUUGUGUUUGUGCUUUUUCUUCACUGAAAACCACUGCGACUACAGCGUUCACCUGCGAGCUAACUCAAGCUAACUAAAGCAUACGUUACCUAAUGGAUUUAAGCUAGCAAGUUAGCUCGUGGCCUAGUUUUUUUUUUGUUUUUUUUAAUUGUACUCUUAGGGGCGGGGUUUGUUCCCUUCAGUCAUAGUGCAGGCUUACAGAUGCUUUGAUUAGCAGUUAGCCUGAGCUAACCUAGCUGCCUGUGACUAACUUUGUUUACACAGAAGAAGAGCGGUUAGUCACGGUGAUGAUCAACCUCCUGCUAACGCUGAUGUCAGAUUACAGGCUGCUUGAGUAACUGCUUCGCCCUCUCGGGACGAUUUAAUGUGUUUUGAUUGGCUAUUGUCUGCACUACUGCGCUUGCACUUUUUUUUUUUUUUUUUUUUUAAUAAA